GCAGCUGCCCCGUUUUCCCGGSGGAGCGGUUUGCGAGGGUGUGUUCCCGUUGCUGAGCAGGGAUGCUGGUUGCAGGGAGGCUGGAGUUUCUCGUAUUUGCCGCCACAGUGUGUGUGUUGAAUCCAUGGGCGUUGCUGYGAUGGAGCAGCUCUUCAGCACUGACCUCUUGCACCAGGCUCUAUGAACUGGUCCCAGUUAAGACUUACUUUUUUUCGCCGUUUAUGUUGAUAACAUUGUCUUGUUGGUUUGUACCGAGAGACCCACGCUGCCCUCUGAUAGCACAUUUGCACUGGUAGCACAUUUACACAUCUUGGUUACRUUUUGUGCAGUCUGUCCUGCUUGAGGAAAAAUCUUGGAGCAAAAACUUAUGCUUUUGACCAACUACCUGCAUAUUUUAUAUAGUAUUUUUCAGUCAUUUCACAUUUUAAAAAGGAAUUCAAGAACAAGCACUGUCAUAUUGGGCUUCAAGAAGUGUCUGCAAGAUUACUGUUACUGUAAAAUAUCUAUUGUGUGUUCUAGAGAAAAAAAAGCAUAAUCUUAAUAGUAGAUGUAAUUCAAUUCUUAAUAAUGCAUGAUAGUUUUCAAAUUCUGCUUAAUUGCAUUCAGGAUUCCCAGUAUCUUAAAACUUCAUUUUUAAUUUCUUUUUGAAGCAUCAAAAAGUUUGUUAUAUUUAUGAAGCAGGAAAUUUUCCAAAUGUGAACCAUAAAUUUUUAUUUUUUUUAUUUUUUUAUUUAUUUUGUCUUCAAUGUAGGCAUCCUAAAGCAACAGCUCAGGGGCUUGUUCUUUACCAGCAGAUUUUAAAUACUGAGGGAUGAUGGCUUUCUUCCCCAAAAUAUCCUUUCAACCUGAAGUUGAAGAAUAUCUCAGCAAAGUGUUCAGAAAUAGAGAGCUYUUAGCUGCUUUAGGUGCACAGGAAGCAGAGAAUAGAUAUCAGUCUCUGUUAAGUCAUCUGUCUCAUCCACCAGCUUUCACGACCGUUAGAGUAAAUACACGCUUGGCCUCAGUGAAACAUGUGAAAAGUUUGCUGCUUGAUGAGAUUCAGCAGCAAUUUAAAGGACUAAAUGUUCCGGUCCUUGAGCACCCAAAAAUCCAGGACAUACUAUUAAUUCCUGUCAUUGGACCCAGGCAUGAUAUAAGAAGACAUGACUCUGAAGUCAUUGUUGGAGCCCAGUGUGGUUAUGCUGUACUUCGAGGAGCACAUGUGUAUGUCCCGGGAAUCAUAUCUACCUCCAAAGUUUUGAAAGCUGGAGAUUUAGUCUCGGUGUAUUCAGAUAUUGAAGGGAAGUGUAAAAGAGGAGCAAAAGAAUUUGGAGGCAUCAAAGUUUUCCUUGGAAAUGGGAUUUCUGAAUUGAGUCGCAACGAGAUCUUCGGUUCAAAUGGUCCACUGAAUGGAAUGGGUGUAAGAAUGAUAGAGCCAGUCUACCUUAGUCCUUCGUUUGACAAUGUGCUCUCCAGUCAUUUGUUUUUACAGAACUUGCCUUCUGUGGUUGUGAGCCAUGUUUUAAACCCUCAGCCAGGAGAGAGAAUUUUGGACAUGUGUGCUGCACCUGGAGGAAAAACAACCCAUCUUGCAACGUUAAUGCAUGACCAGGGUGAAGUAAUAGCCAUGGACAAAAUAGCCAACAAGAUGAAAAAAAUUAAGCAGAAUGCUGAAUUGCUGCAGUUGAAUUGCAUUAAGACCUUCUGUUAUGAUGGGACAAAGGCACUUUCAGUUGAGAAGAUGAAAAAGGAAGGAAAUGAACAAGAAGGUCCUCCUUUUCCACCAGAGUCAUUUGAUCGAAUUCUUCUUGAUGCUCCAUGUAGUGGGAUGGGGCAAAGGCCAAACAUGGCUUAUUCUUGGACUCUAAAAGAAGUGACAUCUUAUCAACCCCUGCAACGCAAGCUUUUCACUGUGGCAGUGAAAUUGCUGAAGCCAGGAGGGGUUUUGGUGUAUAGUACAUGCACUAUUACACUUUCUGAAAAUGAGGAGCAAGUUGCUUGGGCCCUGGAAACGUUUCCAUGCCUCCAGCUUCACCCACAGGAACCUCAUAUUGGAGGAGAAGGCAUGAGGGGAGCUGGGCUGUCACUUGCCCAGUUGAAGCAGCUGCAGAGAUUUGAUCCAUCUGCUGUGACUUUGCAGGGAACGGACAUUACUGCUUUGCAAGAUUCCAGGGAAGAGGAUCUGAUUUCACUGGCAAAUAGGGACUGUAURGGGUUUUUUAUUGCAAAAUUUAUUAAAUUGAAUAAUAAAUAACCAAUUUAGCAAUAGAGCCUGAAAACAGCGCGCCUSUGAGGCCCAGCACGGCUGCAGCUCAGGUGUCAACCGUGGUUCUCGCUGCCGCAGCGUUGCCAGGCCAACAGGCUGACGACACGGUUGCCAUGGCAGCAGCCCAAUCCGCCAGCUGUUCCCUGGGAACCAGCCACAGGUUGCGGGAAGAAAGUCACAGCUGGGGGAGGGGAGGGCCAUCCUGAAGUCCCCAUUCGCUCCUGUAUUUACAGCAGGUCAGUGCAGGAAAGACGAGUGUGCUCAGCACCCGCCUGGUCUGUUUUAUCCUUUACCACGUGCCUAGGAACAGGGCUUCACAGGGGCAGGACCRGAGUCUAUCUUAUUUAAUGCAGUCAUAAGUAAAAUAUACUGGGACUGCUACUGCCGAUUUUGGAAGAGUUGUUUUCUGUGGAGGUUUCCCAAAAUGUUUCAUGAAAUACUGCGAAGUGAAACGCUAAUAUUUCACAAAGAACUGUUUUAUAAAUUGAUACUUAGAACCUCAUUUCUCUUUUAUUUUAAUACAAGCAAGAUUCUCUGUACACAUAGUAUAUACACAAAAUACGAUUAGGCUUCGUAGCAUGUCUUUUAUAGCAGCAUGAAUAUAUUAAACCAUCUCACUCUGGGAAUGUAAAUAAAUAUUGUUUCAACAUCAAACUUCCCAUGCAUAAACUGUAUUGGUUCUGAAAUAGAGUAUUGGACUGGCUGACAAAUGACAGAUUUAAAAAGAAACAUUUGCAAUAGAAGGGGUAACAGUUGUGAUUAAUAUAUCAAGAGACAGAAAACAAUGCAUAAUACGGUCUGAAUUUUGC